AUGGCCACAACGAAUAGUGGUCACUCGACGAGCGCAGGAAAAGACGAGGCUGAACUUCGUCGCAGAAAUGUUGCCAGCUAUGAAAAGGCCAAUGGACAACAUGUUUACAAGCUCGAGGCGGAAGAUACAAAGAAAUUGCAGAAGCCGCAGAAGAGCGUUCUGCAGAUUCUCGAUGAGUGGGAGUUUUUGAUUGCCCCCAUCAUUUUUACGGCGUUAGCUUUGUUCACAAGGCUCUGGCGAAUAGGCCUUUCUCCCAUUGUCACCUGGGACGAGGCUCACUUUGGCAAAUUCGGUUCACACUACCUCAAGCGGGAAUUCUACUUCGAUGUCCACCCUCCCUUGGGAAAGAUGUUGGUGGGCUUGUCUGGAUACUUGGCCGGAUACAAUGGGUCGUUUGAGUUCAAGUCCGGCGAGACAUACCCCGAAGAAGUGAACUACACUUUCAUGCGCAUUUUCAAUGCCAUGUUCGGCGUCGUGACCGUCCCGCUCGCAUACUACACUGCACGCGAACUGAACUUCAAACGAACGGCAGUGUGGCUCGUCACUCUCAUGGUCCUGUGCGAAAAUUCGUACGCUACCAUAUCUCGGUUCAUCCUACUCGACUCGAUGUUGCUUUGCUUCACCUUUACCACGGUCUUGUGCUGGGCAAGAUUCCAUCGACUUCAACACAAGAGUUUCUCUAUCGAAUGGUUCAUCUGGCUUUUCUUGACCGGUUUGAGCAUCGGGUGUGUCUGCAGCGUCAAAUGGGUGGGACUUUUCGCCACGGCGCUUGUUGGUCUGUACACUGCGGAAGAUCUGUGGAACAAGUUUGGUGAUCUGAAGAUGCCCAAGGUGGAGCUUGCAACACAUCUGGGCGCUCGCGUUGUGGGUUUGAUCGUCAUUCCCGUCAUAGUCUAUAUGUUCUCGUUCUGGGUCCACUUCUUGAUUCUGGAGAACUCGGGACCGGGCGAUGCGCAGAUGUCUUCCCUCUUCCAAGCCAACCUACGCGGCACUGAGGUUGGGAGAGAUUCACCGCUUGAAAUUGCUUUGGGCUCCAAAGUCACUCUCAAGAACAUGGGCUACGGCGGUGGUCUCCUGCAUUCCCAUGUUCAGACAUAUCCCGAAGGGAGUGGCCAGCAGCAAGUCACCUGCUACCAUCACAAGGACGCCAACAAUGACUGGUUCUUCUACCCCAACCGAAGCCAGCCUGACUAUGAUCCGGAAGGACCUUUGAGCUUCAUCGCCGACAAACAGGUUGUCCGUCUUAUCCAUGCUCAGACUGGCCGAAAUCUCCAUUCGCAUGCUGUUGCAGCCCCUAUCACCAAGGCCGACUGGGAGGUGUCCUGUUAUGGCAACGUUACUGUCGGCGACGAAAAAGACCAUUGGCAAAUUGAGGUUGUUAGCGACGCCGCCUCCUCCGAUCGGUCGCGCAUCCGAACUUUGACCACGGCGUUCAGGUUGAGGCAUACCGAACUCGGAUGCUACCUUCGGGCUGGAACUGUCAAUCUGCCUCAGUGGGGUUUCAAGCAGAUUGAAACAACUUGUGUGAAGAAGCCAAGCAUUCGGGAUGUCUAUACUCACUGGAAUGUCGAAUCCCACGUCAACGACAGACUCCCUCCCGGAAACGCCGCAAAUUACCGAUCACCAUUCUUCAAGGAUUUCAUUCAUCUUAACGUCGCCAUGAUGACAUCGAAUAACGCCCUUGUUCCUGAUCCCGACAAGCAAGAUGAUCUUGCCUCCAAGUUCUGGCAGUGGCCCAUCCUGCACGUGGGACUGCGCAUGUGCUCAUGGGAGGAUCAUAUCACCAAAUACUUCUUGCUCGGCAAUCCUAUCGUGUACUGGGGCUCGACGGCUUCAUUGGGUGUGGUUGGCCUGAUCAUUGCAUGGUACUUGAUUCGUUGGCAGCGUGGCUACGACGAACUAAGCCAAGCCGACAUUGACCAACUCCACUACUCAGGCAUCUACCCCGUGAUUGGAUGGUUCUUCCACUAUUUCCCCUUCUUAAUUAUGGGACGGGUCACAUACGUCCAUCACUACUACCCAGCUCUUUAUUUCGCGAUCCUGGCCGCUGGAUUCUCCCUGGAUUGGACCACGCGAAGUCUCAACACUAAGGUGCGAUGGGGUAUCUACUUCAUCUUGUACGCCGCGGUCAUUGGAUUGUUCGUUCUCUUCAGCCCGGUUGUGUUCGGUAUGCAGGGAAGCAAUCGACAAUAUGCCUAUCUCAGAUGGUUUGACCGGUGGAGGAUCUCGGAUGCAAAAAUGUGGGAUGAUGCUUGA